UUCAAGGUUUCAUGUCUUGUGUACAAAACAUGUUGUUUAGCUUUGGCGCUAUGGAUACGUAAAAGAUUUAUUUACACGAAAAUAUUUAUAACAUAAAUUUAUAUUGUAAAGCCUAUUUGUACAUAGCUUUAACCAAUGGAAAAUUAAUUGAACGAUGAAGUUACAUGAUGAUGGCUGAUCAGUUUCGUAAAGUCGAACCAUAUUCUCCAAAGUCUUCACCUAGGGGUGCUAGAUCACCAGUAGUGUCAAGGCAAGAUUCUUCAGGAACAUUGAAAACCACAAUUUCACUAGGAAAAAAUCCGUCAAUUGUCCAUAGUGGCCCCUUCUAUUUAAUGAAAGAGCCACCAGGAGAAAGUGAAUUGACAGGAUCUACAAAUCUUAUGGCCUAUUAUGGCCUUGAACAUGCAUAUAGUAAAUUUAGUGGCAAAAAAGUAAAAGAACAGUUAUCUUCAUUUUUACCUAAUCUUCCUAGUGUAAUUGAUGGACCAGGGCAGCAGGAUAAUAGUUCAUUACGUAGUGUAAUAGAGAAACCUCCAAUAGGAGGGAAAGAAUUACUACCACUUAGUAGCACACAAUUAUCUGGAUUUAGGUUACACCCUGGGCCUCUACCUGAACAAUAUCGGUAUGUUAACAUGACACCUUCUAAAAAACACAAGACCAAGCACAAAAAGCAUAAACAUAAAGAUGGAGGUCCCCUUAGCCAAGACAACACUCCCACAGACUCUACAAAUCCAGAUACACAUGAGAAAAAACAUAAAAAACAGAAAAGACAUGAUGAAGAAAAGGAAAGGAAGAAACGGAAAAAAGAAAAGAAGAGAAAAAAGCAGCGUCAUAGCCCUGAACAUCCUAGCUCUCUUUCAAAUCCACCAUUGGUCUCAUAAAUCAUUCCUUUACAGUACUGUUUAAUUGUCACUUUGCAAUUGUACUUUAAAAUGAAUGAAACAAGUUUGAGCGUAAUUUUGUAAAUACUAGCCAAUUUAGAGUAUACUCUUGAGGCUGCUUGAGAUUAUGUGCAAAGUGCUUCUGAUUGCAUAUUUGAACAGAUAAGUGAAAGUACAACUUAAUCUAUUUUUAUGGCAAUUUUAUGUUUUACAAUAUUUGGAUUUAUUAAUUAUGAAGUAACAAGCAUAUUUCCAAAGUAAGAUCUCAUGUUAAUACGCUACAUAUUUUUGUUCAAAUACCUAUUUAUUCACAAGAAAAGUAUUUCACAAUUCUUAAGUUAUACUUCUUUAUAUAUAUUUGGCUAAGAAAGAUAAA